CGUUCAUCACACCUAAAUCAGAAGUUGGCUUCUAAGGUAUCCCUUUGACGGGAAGAUUUUUCUGACGCUCCCUUGCAGUUUGCUGGGCGCUGAGCUGCGGCCGCUGUGCAUCCUCAGCUCAUUUCUUUCUGCUGCUGCUCCGUCGCGCCUGAACCUACCUCCACGCCGCCCCGGGUACCCGAAUCUGGGCGAAUUCCACGAGCUUCAUUAGCGGUUUUGUUCCAGUCCAAGGUCCUGCAGCGGAUCCGGCGUGAGGCGCCGAGCACAGAGGCGAGUGGUGCCACCGGGGGUGGCGGCAGGAAGAGGAGCGCGAGUGGGGCGUCCGGAGCCGCCGUGCGUACUUGCUAGUGGCCUGGGGCGGGGGGAUCGCCCCGGGAGGGGGACGCCCGGAGCCAGGGGCAGCUGAGCCAAGCUCCGGCUGCGGCGCACCCCCUUCGCUCCUUCCCCCCCUCCCCCCCCAGGAGAGGAAAGUUUUCUCCGGAAGCUCCCUGCUAACCCGCGCCCUCGGGGGGCCCAGCUUUCGAGCCUUCGAAGCGGGCGCCGUCCCAGGCCAGCUCCGGGGAGACCCUCCGGGGAGCCCCGCGCCGGGAUGCCUGGAGCUUGCGCCCGUGGCCCCGCUGCGGCCGCGGGGGACGCUUGGCUGCGGCUGGCGCGGCUGGCGCUGGUCCUGCUGGGCUGGGUCUCCUCCUCGUCCCUCCCCUCCUCGGCGACCUCGUCUGCCUCCUCGGGGUCCUUAGGGGCGGUGUCCGCGCAGCCCCCGCUGCCAAGCCAAUGCCCCCCGCCCUGCGAGUGCUCCGAGGCGGCGCGCACCGUCAAGUGCGUGAACCGCAACCUGAGCGAGGUGCCCGCGGACCUGCCCGCCUACGUGCGCACCCUCUUCCUCACGGGCAACCAGCUGGGCGCGCUGCCCGCCGGCGCCUUCGCCCGCCGCCCGCCGCUGGCCGAGUUGGCCGCGCUCAACCUCAGCGGCAGCCGCCUGCAGGAGGUGCGCGCCCGCGCCUUCGAGCACCUGCCCAGCCUGCGCCAGCUCGACCUCAGCCACAACCCGCUGGCCUAUCUCAGCCCUGCGGCCUUCGCGGGCAUCACCAACGCCAGCGCCUCCUCGCCCCCCGGGCCCCUGGCGGAGCUGUUCCUGAACCACAUCGUGCCCCCCGAUGACGACGAGCGCCACGCCAACCGCAGCUUCGAGGGGAUGGUGGCGGCCGCCCUGCGAGCCGGCGGCCCGGCGCUGCGCGGGCUCCGCCGCCUGGAGCUGGCCAGCAACGCCUUGGUCUACCUGCCCCAGGAUGUCCUGGCCCAGCUGCCCAGCCUCAGGCACCUGGACCUGCGCAACAACUCGCUGGUGAGCCUGACCUACCUGUCCUUCCGCAACCUGACGCACCUGGAAAGCCUCCACCUGGAAGACAAUGCCCUCAAGGCGCUGCACAACGGCACGCUGGCAGAGUGGCAGGGCCUACCCCAGGUCAAGGUCUUCCUGGACAACAACCCCUGGGUCUGCGACUGCCACAUGGGGGACAUGGUGGCCUGGCUCAAGGAGACGGAGGUGGUGCAGGGAAAAGCCAGGCUCACCUGUGCGUUCCCGGAGAAAAUGAGGAACCGGGUCCUCCUGGAACUCAACAGCUCCGACCUGGACUGCGAUCCUAUCCUCCCUCCGUCCCUGCAGACUUCCUAUGUCUUCCUCGGUAUCGUGUUAGCCCUGAUCGGUGCCAUUUUCCUACUGGUUUUGUAUUUGAACCGCAAGGGGAUAAAAAAGUGGAUGCAUAACAUCAGAGAUGCCUGCAGGGAUCACAUGGAAGGUUAUCAUUACAGAUACGAGAUCAAUGCGGACCCCAGGUUAACCAACCUCAGUUCUAACUCGGAUGUCUGAGCAGCGUUCGAGGCCAGAACAAGGACAGCUGUGCAUGAGUCGUAGACUUCAUUAAGCUUUAUCCUGUCCUAGGCUUGCUCCACCUCCACCCUCCACUGUAAAUAACACCGGCCUGGACUGAACGCAGGGAAGGGGAUUUGCUCCCUUGUCAUGUAAAGUGUCUCGGUGUGGUCCAUUCAUGUAAGAUGAUGACUAACAAUCUCAUAGUCUUUAACCCUUUUUCCUUUCUUGGAACUCAACAUGUAUGGAGGGACUUCUCAAGUUUCAGCAUGAACAUGGACACCUGGCUGUCUGUUUCUGUUAGUACAAAAUGUAACAAGUGUACCAAUACAGAUAGCAUUCAACAAAAGCUGCCUCAACUUUUUCAGAAAAAAAAUAUUCUAUUCAUAAGUAUCAGUUUUAUUCUCAUGUACCUAAAUUGUGAAGAAAAUGAUUGCAUUCCAUAAACUGCCUGCAGACCUUAGCAAGCUCUUCAAAGUAACUCCGUAGUACACAGGAGCACCUGCAUCCGAGAGCAUGCUUAUAAUUUUACUGUUCUGCAUAUUACAAAAAGUAACUUGCAACUUCAGAUAACUCCUUUGAGAAAGUAAAUUACUUUUUUUGAUUGCAGUUUAUAUGAAACUAUAUGCAAGUUGUUUUAUAAGCUGCAUUGAGAUCCAACAGGCUAAAUUGUUUAAAAAAUUCAAUAAAGAUUCUUAAAAGAA